AUGGGUCGUCUUGAUGGAAAAGUCAUCAUUGUGACUGGAGCAGGAGCAGGCUUUGGACGUGGUCCCUCUCAACAGAUUGUCCAAAAGCUCACAGCGGAAGGCGCGGCCGUGCUCGCGGUCGACAUCAAUGAGAAAGAGAACGAGUCCACCGUGGCAUCGUGCCCCAGUGGCAACUGCCACGCACUUGCCGCGGACAUCACACUGGAAAGCUCCUGGCGAGAGAUCCUAUCCUCUGUGCUCUCGAAGUUCUCGAACCGGCUCGAUGUCGUCGUCAACUGUGCCGGGGUAGUGCACAUCGCCGCGCCAUCGCAUGAAGUCCCCGAAGACCAAUUCGACCUCAUGUUCAAAGUGAAUGUCAAGCCGCUGUACCUGAGCACGAAGGUCAUUGUGCCCUGGUUCAAAGAGAACAAGGUCGCCGGGUCAUUUGUCAACUUGAGCAGUAUCAGUGAGCCCAGGCCGCGGCCGAACCUGGUUUGGUACGCCGCGAGUAAAGGGGCCGUGACGGUGACGACCAAAGGCUUGGCCGCAGAAUAUGCAGUGGACCAGAUCAGAUACAAUUGCAUUCGUCCAGCCGUGGGUGAAACCGCAAUGCUCGCGCGAGUCCUUGGUGGACAAGACACGCCUGAGGGUCGUAAGAAGGUCCUUGGGACUGUUCCGCUGGGUCGAGUGUGUCAGCCAUCCGAUGUGGCCAACAUGGUCUGUUUUUUAGCUUCGGAUGAGGCCAGCUACAUCACCGGCGCCGCUUUUGAUGUCGAUGGAGGUAGAGGUGUAAGCUGA